UGGGAGUACUCAAAAUGUGACCCUGCCCACGUUUGCCAAUCGCUCCGCUUCCACAACAAGGAAAAGUAUAGAAACACAAAUACUUUUUCUUUCUUAAUCGCUUCUAUUCAAAUCUUUUACUCUGUCACUUUUCACAAUCUGCUGAAAUAGUAGCUAUAGCAACGCCGCGCGCACACGGAAACAUUCACCACUAGGGCGCUGGAUUAUUUUUUGCAACUGCACAUCGUCCAAUGUGUGAAAUAUGGGGAACUUUAUCGAAACUGUUUGAUCGCAUUCGACUUGAUACAUAUAACUGACGGAUCAAAAGACAAGCCUGCCGUGGUUUGUGUAAUUCGCCGAUAACAAAAGGCCGGUCAUCUUCAUUGAUCCGAGGGGGUCAGAAUGGGGCAUCCUCCGCUGGAGUUCAGCGACUGUUACUCCGAUAGUCCGGAUUUCAGAGAGAGAUUAAAAUGCUACGAAAUCGAGAUGGAAAGAACCAGCAAGUUCCUAAAAGAUGUCAUCAAGGACGGGAACAAUGUCAUCAACACGAUUAAAGAAUACUCACUAGCUCUGCAGAAGUUCUCUUUUACCCUUCAGUCAUUCCAGUUUGAUUUCAUCGGUGACACACUGACAGAUGAUGAGAUGAACAUUGCUGAAUCUUUUCGUGAGUUUGCUGGUUUGCUGCAGGACGUGGAAGAGGGACGAAUGAUGCUGGUCCAGAAUGCAUGUGACUUGCUUAUCAAACCUCUGGAAAAGUUUAGGAAAGAUCAAAUUGGAGUCACAAAAGACAAAAGGAAGAAGUUUGAGAAGGAGAGUGAGAGGUAUUACUCUCAGCUGGACAAACAUGUGAAUAUGUCCUCCAAGAAAAAAGAGACGCAGCUACAGGAGGCAGAUGAACAGCUGGAUAAGGAGCGUCAGGCAUUUUAUGAGUCAUCUGUUGAAUAUGUCUACCAGAUCCAACAGGUUGAAGACAGGAAGAAGUUUGAUGUUGUGGAGCCUGUAUUGGCAUUUCUGCAGAGCAUCCUAACUCUGAACAACCUGACGGUGGAGAUGACACAGGACUUUCUACCUUAUAAACAGGAGCUCCAGCUCAGCCUACAGAACACUCGUAACCACUUUGAGAGCACCAGAGAGGAAAUGGAAGAGCUUAUGAAGAGGAUGAAACAAUCAUCGCAGAUGUGUAUUAGACAUGGCCAGCAGUCCACUAUAGAAGGAUACCUCUAUGUUCAUGAGAAAUGGGCUUUGGGUGUUACCUGGGUGAAGUAUUAUUGUAAAUACUUCAAGGACAACAAAACAUUCGUAAUGGUGCCGAUGGAGCAAAAACCAGGAGCGAAACAGACCACAUGUCAGCUAACACUGAAGUCAUGCAUACGCCGCAAAGCAGAUUCUAUCGAUAAACGCUUCUGUUUUGACAUUGAGACAAUCGAAAGGUGCUCCCCCGUCCUGAUCCAAGCUAUUUCUGAGGUCAGUAGGAAGCAGUGGAUGGAGGCCAUGGAUGGAAAGGAACCAAUUUAUCAUUCUCCAAUUCAAAAGCAGGCAGAAAUGGAGCUGAAUGACCUGGGCUUCAAGUUUGUCAGAAAAUGCAUCAACUUUGUUGAAACAAAAGGGCUGACUCAGGAAGGGGUCUACAGGACUGUGGGCAGCAACAUUCAAGUACAGAAACUUCUGAAUGCCUUCUUUGAUCCAAAGUGCCCAGGUGAUGUAGAUUUCAAUUCGAAUGACUUUGACAUUAAGACCAUCACUAGUGCCUUGAAAUUCUAUUUACGGAGUCUCAGCGAACCGCUCAUGACCUACAGUCUGCACGGCAAACUGAUUUUAGCAGCAAAGUCUGAGAAUCUGGACUAUCGGUUAGGAGCGGUCCACUCUCUUGUUUACAAACUUCCAGAGCGGAAUAGAGAGAUGCUGGAACUGCUAAUCAAACACCUGGUCAGUGCAUGUAGCCACAGCAGUGAAAAUCUGAUGACGGUGUCGAAUAUGGGUGUAAUAUUUGGCCCCACGCUCAUGAGAGCUGAGGAGGAGACGGUGGCUGCCAUGCUGGAUAUAAAGUUUCACAACAUCAUCAUGGAGAUCCUUAUCGAGGACUACAGCAAGAUCUUCAAAGGUCCUCCAGAAGAAACCACACCGCCUCCUGUCCCGCCUCCAAGGGUGACACCACGAAAACGGCAGCCAAUUACAAUUUCGAAACGCCCACCUCGUAAUUUCCCUGCCCUUCAGCCUCCAAAUUUUGAGAGACGAGAACAAAACGGUGCCACCCAUAAUGGUGGGGAACCCGAUGGAGAUACCGGUCCGGUUCCUCAUCAGAGAACAAAACUGGCACCUCCUUCCGUCUCUCCUCCAUCGAUCCCUCUCUCCUCUCCGAAGCCCAGACCUGGCCUCCGCCCGUUGGAUUGUGAUAUUUCCAAGUUGGACAUUAGGAUACAAGACGGCCAGAGGUCGGACGGCACGUUGACGACCGGCGGGGAGUCGGGAGUGAAGGUGAACCGAGCUCAGUCUUUCCAGGGAAGGAGGCAACCGCUUCAAGGGACAACCGGUAACCUAGCAACAGGAGAGGCUCAGGGUCUAAAAGGACGAUCUUUCACAGAGAAGAGUUCCAUCUGCCGGCCACCCACUCGACCGCCGGAUCCGCCCUCCCGUUUCCCCACUAAACCUCCAAAUGAAGAGACGAUAUCAUAUGUCGCCACCAAGACCAAAUUUUUUGAGAACGCUUCCAGGCAGACGGGAAGCUCCAGUCCAAUUUCUUCUUGUAAUGCCUCACCUGCAACCUCUAGAGAUGAGAACACUAAAUAAGAAAUAACUUCCAGUCAAUCGACUUGCGGGCCAAUUAGCGCACAGCUGCGUUCGAGUGAGUGAGUGCGUGCAGCACGGGCCCGAGUCUAGACCUGGUAUUGGGAGAUCAAUUAUUAAUGUUACAAGCAGACACGGACAUCAGUGCCAGCUUUGUUUUUGUGAAUGAGUCUGAAAGGGUACUGUUUUUGUCUUCCGCACUUGCUUACUAAGUCUUUGAUUCUGAUUCGGAUGAAAGGACAGAAACAAAGCAUUGUAUCUUGUUGUAUUGAAAACGUUUUGACCUUCUUGUGAACGGUAGCGAUAACUUCCUCCCUAUUGCUUCCACCCUAUUGUUUUCCCCGUUUCUCUGACCUAGUUUACAAGAGUCUCGCACACGUAUGUUGGCACUACAGAAGUCGCUUGAAGAAAGAUUGAAGCAGGCUACACCCGAAUGUAUUAUAUAAUAUUCCGAAUCAACACUAAUCUGUGUUUAAUUACUCUGAAGCUGAACACGGAUCUAUGAAUUAUCCAUUAUUAUCGUAGUUAUUAGUAACUGGAAGAAGAUGAAUGAUCUGGGUUCAGAAAUAUUUUUGACAAGAAAAGUAGUUACAGUAAUUGCAAAAUGUUUCUCCUUUCAUCUGGUGGGACACGCCUGUGGUGUUCCUAUAAGGCAAACCGAAAGGAAUUGAAAGAGAGGAACUUUCAUUACCUGACUAGUUCACAGAGCUAAAUGUGCUUAUUCUUUUCAAUAGGCAUUGCCAUACCUCCAUUUCACCUUUUUUAAAUUAUCAGUCGACCUUACUGAUAAGAAAACUCCUUCUUUAUUUAGCUGAACUGGACCUUUUAGAAUGAAAGUCUCUAUCUUUGACCGUAAAGUGUUUGACCUUAAAACCACUCUGGGCCUUUAUCCGGAUGUUUACUUUGGUCAAUUUGAUUUUUAAAUGUGAAGGAUUAAAUAAGAGACUAAAUAUGUCGAUAAAGUUGAAAUUUUAGAGAAUUGUACCGAGGUUUGGCAGGAGCUCGCAUUUGAAGCAGAUUGGGGUGCAUUCCUGUGUAAUGCAUGUAAAGCACCAAUGUGUUAUGUUUACGUUGUCAUUAAAUGUUAUUGUAAAUAUUUUGUUGUUUCAAACUUUCGUAACAGUCACUAAACCCUGUGUUGUAUUUGUGUUUGAAUGUACUGCAACUGCAAGAAAAUGCAACUACCUGUAAGCAAAAAAAAGUUGUUUUGUUUGAUUUCUUGUGAAUGUGAACUAUGACAGUAGUAAGGCCUUACUGUACAGAAUAAAAUUGCCAGA